AAGUGACAAUUUGCAUUCACGCACUUUCAUUCCUCGCAAGCGAGUCGAUCGGUUCUGUUCUGCUGCUUUCCGUCGUCCGCAAGUGUAGCACAUCAUGGGAGUUGGAGUGAGCAAAGGAAAGAGCCAACUGCACGAUGUGAGCGAUCUCGCAUCGCAUGGAAUCGUCGGAGCUUACAUGAAUGACGAGGCGGUGGCCAACAUGAUGGCCAGACGUGGUAGCCUCGAUCUCCAGCAUCUGCGAGAGCUCGCAUGCACCACACACUUUUCAUACAAAGAGAUCGAAAUGAUGUACGCAGGCUUCCGCAAGGAGUGUCGCACUGGAGAGUUUAGUAAACGUCAGUUUAUAAAUAUCUACUCACGCCUUCAUUCUGCUGAAGAUAGUGAAGAUUACUGUGCUCACAUGUUUCGAGCGCUUGACACUAGUGGAAAUGGAUCAGUCGAUUUUGAUGAAUUCGUGUCUGGUCUGUCGUGUUGCUGUCGAGGUUCUCUCGAAGAGAAACUCAAUUUCUCUUUCCGCCUUCAAGAUAUCAACAGAGAUGGUCACGUGACCAAAGAGGAGAUGAUUGCAGUGGUGUGUGCUCUCUGCAAGGUACUUGAUGUCAAGAUUUUGUCCGGAUCGAGCACAGUCAGAGAGCACGUGGAGAAACUGUUUGAUAUUCUCGACACAAACAGAGAUGGUUAUGUGACCAUUGAUGACUUCCUUGCUGCCAGUCGAAAGAAAAGGAGAUAUUCCUAUGACUGGGUGACUACGUCGCUUUGCUGUCACGUUCUCUUGUAAUUCAAAACGAAACGACAUUUUCUACACCAUCUGCUUCGUUCUCAUUCCACACACCGAGUCUCAUCCAUCGCGCUCACAGAGACGAAACCUUUUGGGAUUCGCUGUAAACAAGAACGUAAACUAUUUUCGAGAAUUUUGAUACUAUGUACGUAAGACUGGACGUGUUGUGUAAGGAAGGGUUAAGAUUGUCACUGCAACUUUCUUGCAGUUUCUCAGUUACUAGUAGAUUAUUUAAUAUUUAAUAGCGUUACUCAAUUGUACCAUAUUGAUAUUAUCCAAAAUGUGGUUGGUUACUGA